GAGAGCCCUGCUUCUUCAUCUGAUGCCAAGGGCAAAGCUGGUGGCUCCACGGGCUCCGGUGCGACCAAAGCGGUCGAGGAAGCGAAGCCGGACGCCUCCAAGCCUUCCAAGGAUGUGUCGGCCGAUGGCAAGAAGGGCCGACUUCUCGGCGACGUGUGGAUUGACAUCGCUGAGGAGGGUGCUGCCGAGGAAGCCCUGGGCGAGCGCGAUUUCCUCCGCGAGCCCACACCGGGUGGAGCAGCUUCUGGUGUCUUCCUUUCCUUCGAAGACCUGGGCAAAGAAACCGCUGAUCCUGCUGCGGAUGCUGCAAUGCCUAGUCCGGAGGCGCCACCCACGCCGGGAAAGGCCGAAGCGGGUGACGCACCAAGGUUUGCGUUCCUGCCGGAGCUGUCCCUGAGUCAGGCGCUGAAGGAACGGGCCGACUCCUUUCUGGCCAUGCAGACUGAGUUCGGAAGAGGUGUGCGGCGGAACGGGCACAGGAUGUGUUCCAAGAAGCAGAAGAAGAUGUGGUGGAUUAGUAGUGUCUCCCUGGCGCCUCAGUGCGAACACCUGGACAGCUACCUGGACCAGUAUGAGAUUGCUCUCAUCUCCUGGAGGGAUUCCGGAAACACCCUUUUUCAGCCGCUCCUUGCAUGUCAUCUGCCUCGGGGCAGCACCCCGGCCGGCUUGAGCACACAGACCGUGAGUCGUUUAGAUCGUCUCAGAAAGCUUGGGGCCAACAUCACCUUCCAUAGCCUGUCCUUCAUCGACCGAGCUCCGGAUGCAAGAAUGCAUGCCGUCCCAAAGCUGAAGAAGCAGACGGUUGACUUGGAGUGCAUAGCCGGCACGUACAUGCGGCUUGACAUUCCACAGAUCUUGGACAACGCCAUGGCCUUUCAAGGCGAUGCUGGCAUGCAGUACGAUGCACGCCACGCCCUCUACACUGACAUGGACAUCAUGUGGUGGCGCAAGGUGAGCCCUGCGGAGCUGCUGGACUCCGUCCGGUCCAGGGUCUUUGCCGCCGCCUACUCCUCGCAGCUUAAGAAGUUCGAGGGUGCCAGGAAUGCCGGAGUUAUACUUUUUGACCUGCCCAUCUUCCGCAUAGUCCAGCCGAGAUUGCUGGCCUGGGCAUUUGCCAAGGAUCCGGCGACUGGGGCCAUCCAGAUGAGCGAAAAGCUGAUAUCGAGCCAAGACCAAGGCCUUCU